CUCCGGGAUGAAUAUGAAAAUCCAAUCGUCAGAAGAUUCCUAUGGUGGCGAGGCGACUGGUAAAUGAGGGAAUAUAUAUACGCGACCAUGCGUGCAAAUGUAAACACUUGUCAAUAUAAAAUAUUCGUUCAGCCAACUAGGGUUUGUCUUGUUGACGAUCUUCGUUGAUAUAUUCUCUCUUCCAGUCUUCGGUCCUUUGUAGCAGUUUAGGUCGGUUCAAUAUGAGCGCGGGUAGACUGAACGUUAUUGGUGGACAUCUGAAUACCCGUGGUUGUAAUCUGGUUCCGGAAAAAACAUCAGCUUCAAAGUAUCGUUACACCUUGAAUUGGAAUGGAAUUCUAACAAAAGAUCAGCAACAAUUUUUUGAAGACAAUGGAUAUCUCGUUAUUAAGAAGCUUGUUCCUCAAUAUGAAAUCGAAAUGUAUAAGAAAAGAUUCGAGGAAAUUUGUAUGAAACAGGUGACCAUCCCUAGAAUGACAAUGAUGAGAGAUGUCAGCAUUGCAAAAAGUGAGUUUGUCGCAGGAGAACAAGCCAUAACAAAGAUACAAGAUUAUUAUAUGGAUCCUGUCAUGUUUAGUUAUCUUCAUUCACCAAGAAUUCUUCAAUAUGUUGAAGCAAUAACUGGACCAGAUAUCAUGGCUGUUCAUUCCAUGUUGAUCAACAAGCCUCCUGAUACAGGUAAAAAAACAUCUCGUCAUCCACUCCACCAAGAUCUUCAUUAUUUUAUAUUCCGACCUGAAGAUAGAAUUGUAGCAUCAUGGACUGCAAUGCAAAAAAUUGAUCGAACCAAUGGUUGUCUGGUUGUGUUGCCUGGAACACACAAGGGUCCAUUGAAAGAACAUCAGUAUCCAAAAUGGGAGGGAGGAGUGAACAAGAUGUAUCAUGGAAUUGUUGAUUAUGAUGAAAAUGCUCCUCGCGUUCAUUUGGUAAUGGAUGAAGGUGACACUGUAUUCUUUCAUCCUCUUCUAAUUCAUGGAUCAGGAACCAACAUCAGUCAAGGGUAUAGGAAGGCUAUCAGUGGUCAUUUUGCCAGCAGUGAAUGUCAUUACAUUCCACCAGAGGGUACGACUCACGAAACUCUUGCUAAAGAAGUUGUUGGGGUUGCAAAAAAGAAGUUUGGAGAUGAUGUUGAAGUCACCUUCGAAGAUAUAAGUUCCAUCAGGUUUCAGUUAGUUCAAGGUGUCAGGAAAAAUUUAUAAUCAGAUGACUUCCUUGUGGUAAUUAUUUAUCACCUUUGCUGAUUUUUGCAGGGAGAAAUAUAUUUUAUUUGUUUAAUUUAUGCUAUAUCAGUUUUGUAAUAUCACCAUAUGUUUGUCAUUAGAUGCCAUUUGAGUAUGGUACUUGGAAUUUUCUGUUAGCAACUUUUUUAGGCAUGUUAACGACAAGGCCUCAAAUAAAUACUUGUAGCUAGCUAAUGAUAUGUAGGGUUUCAGCUGUAUUUAUAAUUUUACUUUCAUAUAAAAAUGUUGUUCUGUAAUUCAGUGUAAUAUCGUUUCUAACUUUUCAUUUCCAUUUCUAAAAUCAAGCGCUCAUAAUGUACGUGGCCCUUUUUCACAAAUGUUUCAAAUAUAAGGUGUUUCAGUUUUAUUAACAUCUUUAUAUUUACAUGAUGUGCAAGUUAUAUAUAUAUAGCUGUAUAUAUAUAACUGUAAUUUUUAACAGUGUUAUGCAAUUAAUUACUAUUUCUUUUACUUGUUCGGUGUUUAGUCCAUUGUAACAUUCGUUCUUGUGUUAUAUUGAUUUAACCAAUUGUAGUAGUAAAUUGUCUCUUGCUAAUAAUUUUCCAUAUUAUUUAUGCAAUUUGAUAAUAAACCCAAUAAUAUUAAAA